AUGGCGCCCUCGAAGACACCCAAGUUCGAGAUCAAGACGCCUAAGGGCACCCGAGACUGGUCCGGUCCGGACAUGGUGCUCAGGGAAAAGAUCUUCAAAACAAUCACCGAUGUCUUCAAACGUCAUGGUGGUGUUACCAUCGACACCCCCGUGUUCGAACUGAAGGGCAAAUAUGGCGAGGACAGCAAGCUCAUCUACGACCUGGCGGAUCAGGGUGGUGAGCUUUGCAGCUUGCGAUAUGACUUGACCGUUCCCUUCGCCCGGUACUUGGCGAUGAACAAGGACGUCACUCAGAUCAAGCGCUAUCACAUUGCCAAGGUCUACCGCAGGGAUCAACCGGCAGUGAAGAAGGGCCGCAUGCGAGAAUUCGGCGUAUACGAUCCCAUGAUUCCGGAUGCUGAAAUUAUCAGGAUCAUCAACGAGGUCUUUGAGGGUCUUGGCUGGCAUGGGAAGUACACUAUCAAGCUCAACUCCCGCAAGAUUCUCGACGGCCUUUUCCAAGUCUGCGGUGUGCCGGACAAUCUCAUCCGCCCCAUCUCCUCUGCCGUGGACAAGCUCGACAAGAUGCCUUGGGCCGACGUCAGGAAAGAGAUGGUUGACGAGAAGGGGUUGGCCCCGGAGGUUGCCGACAAGAUCGGGACUUACGUGGUUCUCAAGGGGAAGCGAGACCUCCUCGAGAAGUUGAAGCAGGAUGAGGCCUUGGCGGCAAACCCAUCGAUGCAGCAGGGCUUCGCAGACAUGGAUCUUCUCUUCACUUAUCUUGAGGACUUUGGGGCCGACCACACUGUUUCUUUCGAUCUGUCGUUGGCCAGAGGCCUUGAUUACUACACAGGCGUCAUCUAUGAGGUGGUAACAGAAGGUUCUGCGCCUGCUGUCUCCGCAUCAGGGGAGGCCAAGGAAAAGCAGGCUAAGAAGAAGGGUGGUAAGCCCGGGGAUCCUGAGGAGGACCGUUCCGACGACCCUACGCUUGGAAUAGGGUCUGUUGCUGCUGGUGGCAGAUACGACAACCUUGUGGGCAUGUUCUCCGGCAAGACGCAAGUGCCCUGCGUUGGUAUCAGCUUCGGCAUCGACCGUAUUUUCUCCAUCAUCCAGGCCACCCAGAAGAAGAAGGAGCGGCGAAACGAGGUCGAAGUCUUCGUCAUGGCGUUCGGCGGCGGCAAGGACUUUACUGGGCUGCUCAAGGAGAGGAGUCAGGUCUGUGCCCGUCUGUGGGACGCAGGGAUCAAGGCCGAGUUCCUCUACAAGGUGAAGCCCAAGCUCCAGAACCAGUUCAAAGCGGCCGAAGCAAACGGCGUGCCAUUUGCCCUUAUUUUGGGUGAGGACGAACUGGCCCAAGGAAAGGCGAGGUUCAAGGAGAUGGGUCUUCCCGAGGACCACCCGCUGAAGGAGGGCGAGCUCAUCAGUCUUGAUAACCUCAUUGAGGAAGUGAAGACACGCCUCGCGCGGAAGCAGGAGCUUGACAGUAUCACACAACAAGCCGAGGGCCUCAAGGUCGUUGGUGGGGUUAAAGGGGAAGAUGUCAAAGCUCCUGCAGAAACGGCUCAGUCUACCGAGUAGUCUCAUUCUUCCCCGGAGACGGAGCAGCCGUGAUGCCGAUGUUGUCUCAGUCGCUAAUGUCGUGCAAGUUCCGGGGGCCCAGCGUUCUCCAAAGGAACGGGUACGGUUUGCAUGGAGAGCGUAGAUUUGGCAGCGCCAAGUACGUCCGUACAUAGACUUCAAAAAGAUAGACUACCCCUUUUCGAGU